GACAAUUCCAUGAGAUAAUCUUCAUAGACCAAUCAAGAGUGGUUGAUAGCCCCAAUGCUAUCUGGGCUCUCAACGGAUUGAACACCGGCAGUAGGGAUUGAAAUGUCCAUGAGAGGAACCUGGCUAGGGGAAAAUGAUAUGGUAGGAAAAGGAUUUGGAAGUCCCUCUCGGUGUGGGUCUCUAAGGACCACAGGGUUUUCAGUACUAGAAGAAUGUGUUCCAUUUUCCCCUCUAGUUGGACGAUCUUCAGGUGGUUUUGGUAAGCAUAGCUUGUCAAAAGAAGUGGCUUGAUAAGGCUCAACUCCUCGUCGAGCACUUUGGCGCCUUCUAUCAAUCCGAGAUUCCCGAUCC